GAAACCUCCCAGUCUCUUCUCUCCCGGCCCCGCCCCACUCCGCCCCGCCCCACUCCGCCCCGCCCCGCUCUGCUGCUCCUUCGCGGCUGCUGGCUGCCUCUGGAAACCUAAAGGAUGAGCUGAAACUCCGCAGCUGUUACUGUGACCAGCGCUAAUCACUGGGGCUUUGGGUUUGGCCGGAAGCCCCUUUCCCUGCGCCUGGUCCCAGCUCAUUUCCUGUCCGGCUCCGCGCGUCGAGCAGCGACCUGGCUCUGCAGGCAGGCGGCCCAGGCGCCCGGGCCUGUGGUGUCUACCUGAAGAACAUUUUACUUUAAAAGGAAAAGAUGCUAUCUCCAAAUGAUAAAAAGUUAGAAAAGCUGGAUCCAUUUUAUCGACCUUCUAUGUCCAAGCAGAAGACCAGCGCAGAAAUCAUAAGUGAAGCACGAAAUGCAUUAAGAACAGUUGGGACGCAAAGACCAUUUACACCACGGGAAGACCAAAGAAAACUCUUUGGUCCUGCAUCUUCCAGAACACCGGAAAACAGACCUCCUUCUUCCUUCAGCCUCCAUGCAUCCAGUUUUGAGUCAUCUGAGUCCAGGCCCAUCUCUGGUGCUCGUCUCAGUCCACUAGAUUUUAAACCGAAAGCUCCGGCAUCUCCUACCACGGAGGAGGAUCCUUGCCUUGCCUUUCCCAAGCCCCCAGUGGACCCAGCGAAGAUCAGAAGACUAAGCAGUGCCCGGGCUCGCUUAUUCAGGGCGGCCUCCCAGGGGGCCCUGCUGCCCGACAGGACCCUGCCUCCUGCUGAGUCAAAGACGACGGUGGAACCCGAGGAAACAGUUGUGAUGGGGGACCCUAUGGUGAAAAUAAAUGGGAUUUAUUUAACAGAAUCAAGAGCUGUUGGCUGCUUACAGAGUCACCCACUUCAGCUAACUUAUGACGGAGGCUUCAGUGAAAUCGAGAAGCAAGAAAUAUUCAAAGGGACAACCACCUUGCCAUCCCAUCUCAGAAGUGGAGGGGACCAGGGAAAGAGGCGUUCAAGAGCCUCAUCUUGUUUCCAUAGCUCAGACCUGAGCCGACUGGAAACCAGAGCAGCCUCAAAAGCUGACGUGCAAGAAAAGGAGACAGAAAUAGAAGUAGAUGAAGUCUUUUGGAAUACAAGGAUCGUACCAAUUUUGCACCAAUUAGAAAAGGAAGAAAACAUUGAAACGAUUUGUGCUGCUUGCACACAACUUCAUCACGCUUUAGAGGAAGGAAACAUGCUUGGAAAUAAAUUUAAGAGAAGAAGUGUUCUCCUGAAGACCCUGUAUAAACUAGUUGAUAUUGGUUCAGACUUGCUCAGCCUUAAACUUGCAAAAAUUAUUCUAGCACUUAAAGUGAGUAGAAAGAAUCUUCUUAAUGUCUGCAAACUUAUAUUUAAAAUUAGCAGGAGUGAGAAGAAUGACUUUCUGAUUGAGAAUGACAGCAUUCUAGAAUCAUUAUUGGAGGUCCUGAGAAGUGAGGAGCUACAGACGAACAUGGAAGCUUUCCUAUACUGUAUGGGGGCUAUCAAGUUCAUUUCUGGAAAUCCACGAUUUCUCAAUGAAAUGAUCAGCAAAGGUGCUGUGGAAAUAUUGAUGAAUUUGAUCAAGCAGAUAAACGACGACACCAAGAAAUGUGGCACCUGCUUGCCUAACUCAGGCCACUUACUAGUCCAAAUGACGGCUACACUCAGAAACUUGGUUGAUUCACCGCUAGCAAGAAGUAAGUUGCUGAGCAUCAGUGCCCUUCCCCAGCUCUGCACGGUGAUGGGACAAUACAUGGCUGACAAGGAUGUCUGCACCUAUAUUGCCAGAAUAUUCAGCAAACUUACUUCUUACCAUGACUGCUGUGUAGCCUUGGCCAACUACUCCAGAUGUUACGCCUUGUUUUUGAAACUGAUAAACAAAUACCAGAAGAAACAGGAUUUGGUCGUCCGCAUUGUCUUUAUUCUCGGCAACCUGACGGCGAAAAAUAACCAGGCUCGCGAACAGUUUUCCAAAGAGAGGGGGAGCAUCCCGACCCUGCUGGCGUUGUUCCAUGCAUUCUACAAACUGGACCUGUGUGCAGAGAAGCCGAUGGCGGGAGCGGAGCAGCCCCAGACGCCCAGGCUGCGGGCCCAGGCGGAGGACGUGCUCAUCAAGCUGACCCGGGUGCUCGCCAACUUAGCCAUCCACCCUGGCAUCGGCCCUGCGCUGGCCGCCAACCCGCACGCCGUGGGCCUGCUGCUCACCACGCUGGAAUACAAGUCAAUUGAGGAUUGUGAGGAGCUGGUGAUCAAUACUACAGCCACAAUCAACAACUUAUCUUACUACCAAGUGAAGAAUUCUGUAAUUCAGGACAAAAAGCUAUAUAUUGCUGAAUUGCUCAUAAAGCUUCUUGUGAGUAAUAACAUGGAUGGAAUCCUAGAGGCUGUGCGUGUUUUUGGAAACCUCUCCCAGGACCAUGACAUCUGCGAUUUCAUUGUGCAGAAAAAUGUUCACAAGUUCAUGAUUGCCCUGCUGGAUGCCAAGCAUCAGGAUAUUUGCUUUUCUGCCUGUGGCGUUCUCCUAAAUCUCACUGUGUAUAAAGAAAAGCGUGCCAUCCUAAAAGAAGGAGGUGGCAUUAAAAAGUUGGUGAAUUGUUUAAGACAUUUUGGUCCCACCGAUUGGCAGCUGGCCUGCUUGGUUUGCAAAACUUUAUGGAACUUCAGUGAAAAUAUCACCAAUGCUUCAUCGUGUUUUGGAGAUGAGGACACCAACACGCUCUUAGUCCUGCUGCCAUCAUUUUUAGAUGAAGAACUAGCACUGGACGGCAGUUUUGACCAAGACCUAAAAAACUAUCACAAACUCCAGUGGGAAACAGAAUUCAAACCUGUGGCACAGCAGCUUCUAAACCGAAUUCAGAGUCAUCACACCUUCCUGGAACCCCUGUCUAUUCCUUUCUAACACGACGCAGCUUCACAGAAACAGGAAGUCAGGUCUCCUUCAUUCUUAAGCAGUGGUAACAAGCACAAACAUUUGUUUCUUGGUAUUGACACAUACUGAAAGUUUUUCAGAUACUGAUUAGGGAGUAGUCUAAGGUUUUUAGAAGAAAGAAGCAAUUUUUUUUCUCAUUAGGUAUUAUGGAAAAAUGAAUAUAAAUGUACUUUCUGCUAUGAGAAAUGUAAGAUGAAAAUAUAUCCAUGGGUUUUCUAAGUAAAUGACUUUUUCUUCUGUUCUCUAGUCAGUACUUCAGUUCUAAUCUUAAAAUCCCGACUGAACAAUUCUUGAAGUGUUUAUCUGUUCUGUAGUUAAGUGAGCUGUGUGAUGAAAUUAGAUUUUUGUAUAUAGGAGGAAUGGUGGUCAAUGCUAUGAGGAACACAUUCCUACAUAAACAUCCGUACUAAUUCUUGUAUCCUCUAAGAAUAACUUUCUGGUUAUGACUAGUAUUUUUCUCAUUCUCCAAUUAAGAGUAAGAGUAAGCCAGAACAUUUAGAAAAGACUUCUUUGGGCAAUAAAUAAAUAAGUAAGUAAAUAAGUAAAAUAGAUGGAAAAGGGAGUAUUUUAGCUCUUUCUUCUCACUUGAAAUAAAAUGACUAGACCAGACAGUCCUAAUUGUAAAUUUCUGGGACUAAGAGGUGACGUAAUGUCCUAUAAAAGGGACUAGGCUCAGGCAUAUGGCAGAGCUCAGUUUGAAUCCUAGCUAUCUCCUGCUUUGGCCUUGGGCAAGCAGCUUAAUUUCUUUAGCUUCAACUGUAAAAUAAGAAUACUUGAUUAUAGUUCAGUUUGAAAAAAAACAUUAAAUGGGCAAAUUGCCUAGUACAGUGUCUGAUGUGGUUAGUAGGUACCCAAUAAAUGAUAACAUUAGGAUGGUAAUUAGUUUAUUAGUCUGCCAUUCUUUGCAGGGUAAGUUUGGCCUUUGAAUGAAUGACAAAAGCCAAAGAAACUGAGAUGGCCAUUAUCCUAUAUUAGCCAAGUGAGGAUUUGGAAAUAAAAGGAGAUGUACUACUCUGCUUGGAGAAAAGCUGUUAUUAAUGGCUCCUCACCUUACAAAAUGCCAAAACUAAUGGGAAGAAAGCAGAUACCCCAGACCGAAGCCCGGAAUGGCUUUCAAAGGCCAUUAGAAAAUACCUAAAUUUCCAGGAAGAAAUAAACUUUCCUAGGGCCCUUCUAAUCUGGGGCUUGUCUCUGACAAGGGCUCAGCACAAUCCCAUGGGGCCAUGCCUUAUUGUAGAGUGUGAUGGGCUCAUCUCUCAAAACCAUUUAAGGAUCUAAGUCUUUAAAAAAUUUUUUUAAAAAUUUUUAUCUAUAUCAGAUUAUAUAUUCUACUUUCAAUGAAAAAGAUUAAACUAUUUCCCUUGCUAACAUGGCCCCCUCAGUAUUUAUUACUAAUCUAAUAACUCAUGGUGGAAUACCACUAUAUAACUCAACAUAUAAACUCCUCACCUUCAGACUCAUAUGCAAGCUGGACCUCUUGGAGUCAGCUAUCUGCCUCCUCCACCUUUAAAGAUUUUAUUUUUUAAGUGAUCUCUACAUUGAACAUGCGGCUUGAACUCACAACCCCAGGAUCAGGAGUUGUAUGUUCUACUGACUGAGCCAGCCAGGCACCCUGCCUUUUUAAAAAAGGGUUAAAGAACACAUAACAUAAAAUUUACCAUACUAUUUUCAAGUGUACAGUUCAGCUGUGUUAGGUAUAGUCACAUUGCUCUGCAAUAGAACUCUAGAAUUUUUUCAUUUUGCAAAACUAAAACUCUAUAUCUGUUUAAAAAAAAAAAAAUCCCCAUAUCCUCUCCCCCCCACCCGAGCUCCUAACAACCACCAUUCUACUUUAAUUCUAUGAAUUUGAUUAGUUCAGAUACCUCCCGUAAGUGGAAUUUGUCUCUCUGUACUGGCUUAUUUCACUUAGUGUAGUAUCCUCCAAGUCUGUCCGUGUUGAAGCAUGAGACCGGAUGUUCUUCCUUUUUAAAGCUGAAUAAUAUUUCCUUGUAUGUACAUCUCAUAUUUUGUUUAUCCAGUCAUCGAUCAAUGGGCGUUUGGGUUGCUUCUGCCUCAUGGUUAUUGCGAAUCAUGCUGCCUUGAACAUGGCAUGUAAAAUUCUUUGAGAUCCUGCUUUGAAUUCUUUUGGGUAUACAUCUAGAAGUGGAACUAGUGGAUCAUAUAGUGGUUCUAUUUUUAAUUUGGGGAUGGGGGAAUAUCUAUACUGUUUCCCAUGGAGACUGCACUGUCUUACAUUACCACCAGCAGUGCACAAAGAUUUGAAUUUCUUCACAUCUUUGCCAACACCUGUUAUUUAUGUUUUAUAUAGUAGUCCUCAUAAGAGGCGUAAAGUGGUAUCUCAUUGAGGUUUUGAUUUACAUUUCUCUAACAAUUAGUGAUGCUGAAUAUCUUUUCAUAUGUUUGUUGACUAUUUGUGUGUCAUACCUGGAUUAAUGUCCAUUCAAGUCCUUUGCCCAUUUCUCAGUUUGGUCUGAGUUUUUUAUUGUUGAGUUGAAGGAGUUCUUUAUAUAUUCAGGGAAUUAACCCCUUAUCAGGUAGGU